GUCAAGGCCGCGGAGGGAAGAGGCAUUCAGAGGCCUUUCCUUUAUCUGCGGAUCAAGAAGUUCCUUCCGUAUUACGCGACGGACAAAAGGCAGCCCAGUGCGGCCGAGGAGUGCGUCGAAGAGCGGUCAUUCGCGGAGGAGAUCGCCCGCGGCAUCUGCCAGGCGAGAGAUCCCGACAGGAAGCAGGGCGACCUGCCGAGCAUCUUGCAGUGGCGCGUCGCCUUCGACAGGUGGGCGAUCGUUGCGGAGCUCACCGGCCAAAUGGCGUACGCGGCUUCCAUGGCGCAUAAGGAAGUCGUGAUGCAGCUCGCCUUGUCGGGGCGGUCCAAUCAGCGCACAGCCGCGAUCGCCGUGUUUUGCGACGAGGACAGCUUUGACGCCGCCAAGGCCGCGCUGUCCCAGGACUCGCCCAUCGUGCUCAGGACAGAGCGCGAGUACCUCGCCCGCGGGCUGCCCGUCUUGCAGGAUUCGGCCCCGUCGCAGCCCAGGGGCAAAGGCAAGGGCGGCGCCCGGGACCACAAGGGCGGCAGCGACUACCGCGCGAAGAGCGCCAAGGCCAAGGGCCACAGCAAAGGGGACAAGGGCUACGGCAAAGAGCACAAAGGGCUACUCGUCCGGGAGCGCCGCCAGCGGCUCGCAGGCGCCUGCGACGCCGCCAUACAAGCGCCAGAUGACGGGGAUUGUCUGGUAGCAAUUCAGUGGAACGCCGAGCGCAGCCUUGCCCAGUGCAUCUGCGAACGCGAGCAGCGCGUUCGACGCAUCGAGGUCAUGGCAGCACAAUUCGAAGCCUCUGGGGCCGCCGAGGCCGAGCGCAGGGCAGCGCCGCCUCACUUCGGCCUGCUUGUCGCGGGGGUCAAUAUCCCGCCCAUGCGGCAACUGGCGCGCGAGUCAGCGUGGCACGACGCCGAAUGUGCAGAUUUCCCAACGCGCGGCGCCCCUCUGAUGGGCAACCUAGCGUGCAGCGGCAACGGCCGCGCCCUCGGCCCAGGCGAGCGCCCGGGCGACGCUGGCGCGGCGGUCGAGGAGCUCAGGUCCAGCGCCCUCGCGGGCAACGCGUCUUUGCUUUCCUCAAUUCGCGCGGACCCGCUCGCCAGCGAGCUGCUACAGAAGGCGCGGGGCGAAGCGGGGCUGGGCAGGAUGUCUCCGCCCCGGGCGUUUAAGCCCGGCGUCUCCGCGUCCGAGCUCGCCGCGGCAUGGGGCGAGACAAUUCGCUUAGCCCCCAGGUUCGGGGUUCCCCAGCCCAAACCGGAUGGGUCUACAAAGGUGCGCCCGAUGGACGAUUUCACGCGCUCAGGAGUCAACGGCGCGCGUGCCCCCGCCGAGAAAUUAGGCGUGGAGGGCGUUGAUAUGCUCGUCGCGUUGGCGCGCGUUUUCUAUGCCUCGCGCGGCGAGAUACCCGAGCUGUGGAAAGCGGACAUUGAUUCUGCAUAUCGCCGCAUUCCGCUAGACCCAGCCGACAGGUGGGCUGCCGUGAGCAUUUUCAAACAGGGCGACCGCCUGUGGUGCUCUCAACACCAGGUGUGCCCUUUCGGCGCGCUAGCAUCUUGCCACGACUGGGGCCGCGUGGCCGCCAUGCUCGCGCACUUCGCCAGGCAGCUCGCCAAGCUGCCCGUGCUUCGGUACGUAGAUGACUACUUCUCGCCGGAUCGUUCCGGCGCGGUAGAACACGCGAAACUUUGCUUUGCGCGCGUCAUCAGGGCCGCGCUUGGCAGCAGCGCGGUGGCCGACUCGAAGCUGGCGCACGGGGCCCAGCUUGUCGUGCUCGGCGUGCUGUUCUCGUUUAGUGCGCGCGGGAUCCACUGCGAACCAGCGGAGGACAAGCGUCUCAAAUGGUCGGCU